UGGAAGGCGUCACCGUUCACCACAAACGUUGAGGUAGUUGACGGGGCGAGGGCGAAAAGCUUCACGUCCAUCGAAGCCACGCCUAACGAAACAAACAAACAUAUUUCAUUGGAUUUUGGAGACGUGUGUCACUUUUCUAACGCCUGUGAACAGUCUGUCCGACAUGGCUGCUCAGUGUGUGACCAAGGUGGAGUUGACAGUUUCCUGUGAUAAUCUCCUGGACAAAGACAUCGGCUCCAAAUCAGACCCUCUGUGCGUCCUGUUCAUGAGCACGGCGAACUCCCAGUGGUAUGAGUUGGAACGCACAGAAAAGGUCCAGAAUUGCCUCUGCCCAAAGUUUGCCAAAAAGUUUGUCAUCGACUACUACUUUGAGAUGGUGCAGAAAUUGAAAUUUGGCAUUUAUGACAUUGACAACAAGACCGUUGAUCUUAGUGAUGAUGACUUCCUCGGAGAACUGGAGUGUACCUUGGGCCAGGUCGUGUCCAGUAAAAAACUGACCAGGCCGCUGGUCUUGAAGAACAAGUCACCCGCAGGAAAAGGGACCAUCACAAUCAGUGCUGAAGAAAUCAAAGAUAACCGGGUGGUAAAUUUUGAGGUGGAGGCAAGAAAACUGGACAACAAGGAUUUCUUUGGGAAGUCUGACCCCUAUCUGGAAUUCUACAAGAUGACAGAAACUGGCUGGCAACUGGCUCACAGGACCGAGGUGGUGAAGAACAAUUUGAAUCCUACAUGGAGACCCUUCCGAAUCCCCCUGCAAUCUCUCUGUGGCGGAGACAUGGAGAAAUCUAUAAAAGUUGACUGCUUUGAUUACGACAGUGAUGGCUCGCAUGAUCUCAUCGGUACUUUCGAGACCACAAUGAAGCGCCUUCAAGAAGCAUCGCGUACCUCACCGGCAGAAUUUGAAUGCAUCAACAGUAAAAAGAAACAAAAGAAGAAAAGCUACAAGAACUCUGGUGUUGUGAGUGUGAAACAUUGUCAGGUGGUCAAAGAAUACACAUUCCUGGAUUAUGUUAUGGGGGGCUGUCAACUCAACUUCACCGUGGCAAUCGACUUCACAGGUUCCAAUGGGGAUCCGAAGUCCCCUCAUUCUUUGCAUUACAUCAGUCCACAGGGCAUAAACGAAUACCUCUCUGCUAUUUGGUCAGUGGGCAACGUCAUCCAGGACUACGAUAGCGACAAGAUGUUUCCUGCGUUUGGCUUCGGGGCCCAGAUCCCGCCAACAUGGCAGGUGUCCCACGAGUUUCCACUCAAUUUCAACCCAACAAAUCCAUUCUGCGCAGGUGUUGAAGGGAUAGUGGAGGCCUACAGGGUUUGCCUUCCCCAGGUCAAACUUUAUGGUCCCACAAACUUCUCACCAAUCAUCAACCAUGUAGCGAGCUUUGCACAGCAAGCCCUGCAGCAGAACACUGCCUCACAAUACUUUGUGCUGCUCAUCAUCACCGAUGGAGUGAUCACUGACAUGGAUCACACACGUAAUGCAAUCGUCAACGCCUCGCGUCUGCCCAUGUCCAUCAUAAUCGUGGGGGUGGGCGGCGCAGACUUCACCGCUAUGGAGUUCCUGGAUGGAGACGACGGGCGUCUUCGCUCUCUGACUGGCGAGCCUGCCAUGCGUGACAUCGUCCAAUUUGUACCAUUCAGGCAGUUUCAAAAUGCUCCAAAAGAAGCAUUGGCGAAGAGUGUGUUGGCUGAGGUUCCUGGUCAACUCGUGGAGUUUUGCAACACCAUGAAGCUGAGUCCACCCAACACCAAUCCUGUUGCAAAGCCUGCAGAGGCCAUCUGAUGUUGCUGCACAAAUCAACUGGAACCCAGACCACGUUACAGUACCCCCUUUCUACCUGACUUAAUCUGCUAAAACCCAGACUAGGAAAUGCAAAGGAAACACUCCAAAUUAUUCCCCAAUCAUACUCUUUAUAAAAAGCAUGUUGUUCUCCCCCGCAAAUUUAAAACAUUAAUAUUCCAGGCAGCUCACUAAAGAUGGACCUUCGCUGACCAAUUUCAUCCUUGAUGAUAGGGCAGGCACUCGAAUUAUUUGUAUACAAAUGUCAGUCGACAGUACGUUCCCUUCAAGUCCAUAGCCGUUCAUUCUAACAAUUACUCCUACGUACAUUGCUGCUGUUUUUAAAAUCUGUAGUACAGGUGCUUUAUUUUUUUAAGAAAAAAAGUUUAAUAAGCCAGUCUUGUGUUUAACUUGUGCCACGAAGAGUUAGUAGCGAAUGAAUAAUUUUAGGCAUCAACAAUCCUGUCAUUAGUACGAGCAAGUUUACAGCCUCAUGUAAUCAAAUAGCUUUUUAUAUGCUAUUUUGCGAAACAGUUAUUGUUGCUUUUACAAUAUGUUAUUUACUGAAAUGGCAAAACCCUACACGUACCAUAUAGUAUGCUAUAGUUUUAGAGCACUUAUUUGAGAUGUACAAAUGCCAUCGUCAUUUAAUUCUUUUACUUGAUUGAUUAGAAGCACUUCUAAGAGAACCAAUGCCACAAAACUAGGAUCUUUUUGCUAACA